UUUCUUGUAUUCUUUUUCUUAUAUUCUUUUUCUUAUAUUCUUUUUCUUUUUUUUUUUCCUUUUUAUUAUUAUUAUUUUUUCAAUACCAAGGAUAAUGAGGUUCUUUACUAUUAUUUCAGGAAUUGUGUUGACUAUUGCAGCUGCUACUGCACAAGUAACAGCACCUACUCAAAACUAUAACGUUAGUAGUCCCGUUCCUAAUGGUCCUUAUGUUGCAGGCCAAAUCUUACCUUGUACUAUUCGAGUUUUAGAUAAUAUCGUAUCAGGUAGAGUUUGUAACAACUAAUACUCAAUUUACGAGAGAAUAACGAAAAAAAAAAACUAAUGCUUCCCUUUAUAUAUAUACAUAUAUUGUAUAGAUCUUUCACUUUCAAUCACUCUUCAGCCUGCCACUACAGGUAGUAAUAUGACUUAUACUAUUGCUACUUCAAUCGAUACCUCCAAGUCCCCAUCUAGUGCAAAGAAAGAUGGUAAUAUUACUUUUUACGAACAUUCAGUCAACUAUAAUAUCCCUACUACUGUCACACCCGG